GUAGUUAUGGAGCCCGCGUUAAGCAAGCGGAAUCCGGCACUGAGAUUAGCGGAUUUGGCAGCAAGUCAACACCAUCCCCACCAGAAUAUGACAGGCUUCCCGGGGCUGGGUGGCCAUGCACAUAUCCACCCUGGGGAGAUAAACAACGACCCCAGCGUGCCUCUCAGCCCUUUUGGGCCCGAGCACAUGGCCCAGCCCAGUGCUCUCAAACUAAGUCCCUCACAGCACAUGGCUGGACAUCCUGAAGCCCAGACGGCGGCGGCUUUCGGCUCUGCACAGACCUCAGUCAGCUACCCAGUGGGCCAUCCUCAUUCAGGCUACGCAAGCGGCAGGGAAUACAUCCUCAGGAGGGAUCUUUCAGCAUCUGCCAUGCAUGGAUUGACCGAUCAGCAUCCACCUUCCUCGUCCCAUCACCAUCACCACCAUCAUCAUCAUCACCAUGGCAUGUUUGUGUCCGCAACAGGUAGCUAUGGGCAUUCAGAGGUCUUUUCAGGGCUCCAUGAACAGGCUGCCCCGGCAUCCCAGCACAAUUUAAAUGGACAGAUGCGUUUGGGUCUGCCAGGGGACAUCUAUAGGCCAGAGCACUUCAGCCACAGAGCUGACCACUACCCGUCCUCUUCUCUGCACAGCUACAACUCCAUGAACUUAAACGUUAACCUUGCAGCAGCUCAUCACGGAGCCGGGGCCUUUUUUAGGUAUAUGAGGCAACCUAUCAAGCAAGAGUUAAUCUGCAAAUGGAUUGACCAGGAGCAGACUUCAAAGAAGCCGUGCUCCAAAACUUUCAGCACCAUGCAUGAGUUGGUAAACCAUGUCACGGUGGAGCACGUCGGAGGACCUGAGCAGAGUCUCCACAUUUGUUUCUGGGAGGAAUGCCCUAGAGAAGGGAAACCGUUCAAGGCGAAAUACAAACUGGUGAAUCACAUUAGAGUGCACACGGGCGAAAAGCCUUUCCCCUGCCCCUUCCCCGGCUGUGGCAAAGUAUUCGCACGCUCAGAAAACUUGAAGAUACAUAAAAGGACUCACACAGGAGAGAAACCUUUUAAAUGCGAGUUCGACGGCUGUGACAGGAAAUUUGCCAACAGCAGCGACAGGAAGAAACACUCUCACGUCCACACCAGUGACAAGCCUUACAACUGUAAAGUGAGAGGUUGCGACAAAUCGUACACGCACCCCAGCUCGCUCCGCAAACACAUGAAAGUCCACUGCAUCCCCCCACCUCCCCACAGUUCCGUUUACGAGCCCUCAGCCGCUUCCUUGGGGAUGGUGUCUCCGGCCUCAGAGCCGGCCAGGGGCCGCCCUGGCAGCGUCUCUUCGCAGGUCACCAACCUCAAUGAGUGGUACGUUUGUCAGGGCAGCGGGGCUGCCAAUAACCUGCACACACCUUCAAGCAAUGGCACAUCGUCUGAAUCUGAGGACGAGGAGAUUUACAGGAACUCUAAUCCCAGGACUAUGCUCUGACACAGGAGUGUUGGAGAGGUGUGCAGGUGGCACCUUGGAGUGAGUCGGGAGGGUUUUAGUGGCAGCGGUGUUCAUCGUCUCAAAUCAACUGAUGUAUUCCAUGGGCAUCUCCGACCAGCUAAGUUCAAGCCUCGUAGGUCGCUUCAGCCACAAGAACUAUGACUUGAUCUCGUAUAACACUCUGGCCUGUGAUUUCAUUCUCUGUGUCAGUCAGGAUUGUAUUGUGAACGUCGAAGUUAAAUUGGUCCACAAUUUGGUUUAUCUUAAGAAUGUAAAUAUUGAUUAUUUCAAAUCAAUAUGUGAAUACACAACAUUUUUAUAUGACGAGAGCAGUAUUACCCCCUUCCCCCAUCGGACAAUGACUAAGUUUGUUGGAACUGGUAUAUCACAUACCUCUCCGCUCCUAAUACCGAAGAGCUGGCAAUGGGCUGUGGAGUGAAGCGGGACUGUGAUACCAGCGAAGGAGUAAACCACAUUAUAUGGACAAUAGUGUGCAACCUCUGGAAAUUCCCAAUAUAUGUUCCGUUGAAAUCAAUCAGCGUUGUUGGAUUCUACUAUAAAACCACAGCCCAAAUAUCAAUUCUUCAAAGAAGAGCUGGAUUAAGACUUUCCUGUAGUAUGUGAAACGAGUCAAAUAUCAGUAAUACUGAACCUCACAGGGACUUUUUGACCCUGUAAAAUCAAUGCAGACAAUGUAUUAACUUUUAAAACCAAGGCAUAGGGAUUUUUUUCAACCCACCUCCGAAAGAUCUUCUAUCCAUCAGGCUAUACUCAGAAAUAUUCAGAUUUUACUCAUAAUUAUUCAGGCCUUCAUACAAACAAACUAAAGAGCACUAAUUUGUCCUCCGAGGCCCCGAAGAAGUAAAAAUGACAGGUCUGUCCCUGUAGGAUUUGUACAUAAUUGUUGUAGACUGUGAGUCGUUGAUGUAAUCGUUAGUUAUCUUAAUAAUUUGUCCGUAAAUGUUCUUUUAUUUGUAAACUGUAAUUUAUUUGCCGACGUUAUAUCUUCCUGCAAUAGGUCAGAUACACCAAAGAAUUAUAUGAUUACGUUUGGUGCAGUAUCGUGGUGUUUAUCAAUCUGUGGUUUGUCAGAAUAUUUUUUUUCUGCUUACUUGAAUGAAAUGUGAAAUGUGGAAAAGGAAAACCUGUGAUUGUUUUUUUUCUCGGCAUUGCAGUUAAAUCGCUGUAGCUACAGUAUUGGUCAGUAUACUGUCAUGAUGCAUGUUGCAGCCAUUUUAUAUUUCCCUGCAUUGGCAAACAUUUUGUACUGUGACAUCUUCCAAGAUCUUUGAUUGAAAUACAAAAAUCGACACAACCGUGAAAGAAUAAAAUAAAU